UAAAUACUCAUAACAUUUCCUCAUACGCUCCAAUAUUGAAGUCUUUAAUUUUCUUGAUGCGAUGGUGAGAUCAAUCCAGAAAGGAGGAGUCUUGAUGAUGUCUUCAUCCUCUUCCUCCACAACCACAAGCAACAACGGAACCGACUCCGACGAUUCUCUCAGCCCCUCCGCCUCUUCCAAAAGCUUCGUCCUCACCACUCUCCCUCCCCCCAUCACCGGCGCGUACAAGCCACUCGCCGUCCUCUCCGCUCACGUCGGCUCCGUUUCGUCUUUAGCUCUCUGCGGCGAUUUCUUGCUGAGCGCUUCUCAGGGGAAAGACAUCAUCGUCUGGCAACAGCCAGAUCUCAAGAUCUUUACCAAAUUCGGACAAGGAGACGGGUCCGUGAAGGCUUUGGUCAGCGUGGGAAGCAAAGUGUUCACGGCGCAUCAAGACAGCAGGAUCAGAGUCUGGAAAGUGUCACGGAGAAGCUCCGAGAACGCUUUCAGGCUCGUGGACUCGCUUCCCACGACGAAAGAUUACUUGGGGAAGUUUAUGAAACAGAGCAACUACGUUCAGACGAGGAGGAACCAUAAGAGGCUCUGGAUCGAACACGCCGAUAGCAUCUCGUGCCUUGCGGUACACGCAGGGAUAAUCUACUCAGGGUCUUGGGAUAAGACGCUUAAAGUGUGGAGAUUGUCGGAUCUUAAGUGUCUUGAGUCGAUCAAGGCACAUGACGAUGCUAUUAACGGCCUUGUUGCCGGAGAAGGCAGAGUAUACUCUGCUUCUGCGGACGGGAAGAUCAAGAUUUGGGGGAAAGAGAAGAGGAAGAAAGCUGAUUCGUCUUUGUCUUCUUCUUCUUCUUCUUCUUGGUCACAUGUUCUGAAGGCGACACUGGAGGGUCAUGCGGAGGUUUCUGUGAACUCGGUGGUGGUUUCCGGCGAGGGGAGGUGGGUAUACGGAGGAGGGUCAGAUGGGUUUGUGAUGGGAUGGGAGAGGAGUGAGAAAGGAGGAGACUUUGAGGAAUGGAGAUUAGGGUUUGAGACGAGAGGACAUAAGAUGGCAGUUCUGUGUAUGUGUGUGGUUGGGGAAAUGGUGUGCAGUGGAUCGGCUGAUAAGAGCAUUGGGCUGUGGAAGAGAGAAGAGAGUGGCAGGCUCUGUAAAUUUGGAGUCAUUCAAGGGCAUGAAGGUCCGGUCAAAUGCUUGCAAGCUUCUCCCAAUAAUGUUGGUGCUGGAUUCAUGCUUUACAGUGGAAGUCUUGACAAGAGCAUAAGGGUUUGGUGGGUUUCAAAACAAGACUGUGUAGAAGAAGAGAAGAAGAAAACAAGUUUUAGGACAUUGUUGAUGCAACAGGGAUGAGUAGGAAGAUGUUAUAUUUGGUGUUUCUUUUUUGUGGGUUUUCAUAUACGUUUUAUGAUAUAUUUGUAAUUUGUUAUUCAAUUUGUAAAGUUUUUU